CGUAGCGUAUCCUCUAUACGCACCCAGCCAACCUGCAAAUCCUUGCAAAACCAACCAACCAACCAACCCACCGCCGAGUCAGAGAAAGUAUGAUCCCCACUUGCUUUCUCCUGUUGAAUGUGUAUUGCCCGACUCCGGGAGUCACGUAGGAUGGGACUCGAGCGAAUUGACGAGGAGUAGUACGCACCCAAUAACGAAUGACGAACCAACAAGCAGAGCUCCACUGCGACUUUCUUCUACCUGCUUUCACCUUGGGAGGCUAAUUCCCACUUUUCUUAUUUUUUCGCCCAUUUUCCUCUUGAGUUGGUCAAAACGGCAGACUUUAAUAGACUCGCUUUUUUCGUGCUUUUUUGCACACCCACGCUCAUCAUGAGUGCCGCUGUGGGGGAGGGUAUCACUGUAGAAAAACGGGAUGCGCCGCCUGAGAGGAACAUGAAGCUGGAAAGGUGGCUACUCAAUUCUCAACCCGAAUCGUUCCACCCGACAUUGUUUCACUUCCCGGAGGAAGAAGAGCAACAGGAUGUUUGCAUAAGUGAUCAGGGUCCAUCGAAAGCUCGCGAAAAGAGAGGAAUUCCACCGCCACCGAGGGAUGUUUCGGUUAAUGUUACCGCAAUUCUCAAUUCUUUGGCGAAAGGGUAUGACAAGAGGAUUCGACCAAAUUACGGGGGUGAACCCGUAGUUGUGGGAGUUACGCUGUACGUGCUCAGCAUCUCCAGCAUAUCCGAAGUACACAUGGACUUUACGGUCGAUUUUUACUUUCGACAAAUGUGGAAAGAUCCACGCCUUCAAUUUCAAGCAACAGAUCAAAUCUCAACUCUCUCUGUGAGUACGGACUUUUUGCGAAAAAUUUGGGUUCCGGACACAUUCUUUGUAAAUGAGAAAUCGUCUCACUUCCAUCUCGCUACCACAUCUAAUGAAUUCCUUCGAAUAUCGAAGGACGGUGACAUCCUACGCUCUAUUCGUCUUACCGUGACUGCCGCAUGUGCAAUGGAUUUUAGACGCUUUCCUAUGGACUCUCAACUUUGCACGAUAGAAAUCGAGUCAUACGGGUAUUCAAUGUCGGACAUCGGGUAUAAAUGGGCAAGGGGACCAACAUCUGUGGGAGUCAGCAGCGACGUCCAGCUACCUCAGUUCAAGGUGGUUGGAUACCGACAACGAACUUUUGAAAUUUCGCUCCUCACCGGAAAUUAUUCUCGCCUGGCGUGUGAGAUUUUAUUUGUGAGGUCAAUGGGAUAUUACCUUAUCCAGAUUUACAUACCUUCCUCGCUCAUCGUCAUAAUCUCUUGGGUGAGCUUUUGGAUUAACAGGAACGCGUCUUCUGCCAGGGUGCCUCUAGGAAUCACAACGGUCCUAACGAUGACAACUCUAAUGUCUAACACAAAUAAGGAGCUCCCUAAAAUAAGUUAUGUCAAAAGUAUCGACAUUUUCUUGGGAACGUGCUUCUUUUUUGUAUUUGCGGCAUUAUUGGAGUACGCGGCCGUCGGAUACGUUGCUAAACGCAUCGACAUGCGUAAACGUCAUUUGGCAGCGAUGAAGUAUUUGGCCACCCAUCGCGAUAAGGCGGGUGCUUCCUUACCGAGACCACCACCUCCGCAGACUUGCAUUUGGAUGCAACCUCCCGAGUCUAGAUUAACAACAAUGUGUCGAAGUCAACAGCCUGGAGGAACCCAUUCCAGUGAUAAGGAUGCGAUCCAGUUAGCAAAAACGCUAACUGAAUUGCGAGCACAGAUGGGAGAUGCGCACGUUUGUGCAGUAACGCCGAGCACAAUUGAUAAAUAUAGCAGAAUCGUGUUUCCAAUCUCAUUUAUCUCAUUUCACGCCUUUUACUGGAUUGCAUACAUGCAGCUUUCUACCCUCAACGUGGAGGGACUGACAGCGUUUGAAAACUCGGAAUAAGAAGAAAAUACACACAUAAUUACCAAUUAAAAGGGUUUAUAAUGUGCCAAUAGCAGAGCACAGCACUGUAAACAAUAUAUGAUAAUCACGUCAGAGUACAAAAGAACCUAUUUGAAGAACCAAUUGGCCCUCAGAGCUUCUCACAAUGUUAGAUAAACAAAAAAUCAAUCAAUCAAUAUGGAAAAAUUAUAUCAGAAUCAACAGAAUCCUGACCAAAAUUUACCAUUUGUAUUUGAAUGGAAACCAAAUUCGGGUACAAGAUUUUUAUAGGAACGAGACACACUUACAUGUAGACAGAGGAAAAUAAGUGCGACGAAUAAUUUGACCACAAACACACAUACAUCGUUUACGGGUAUUGAAUUUUUUUGAAUUUUCACGAAAUGCACGUAUUGCAUGCCACUUAGAGAUUAGAGUGGUGGGCGGAGAUCGUUGAAUAAAUUUUAAUUUUUACUGGUGACGAAUA